GGAUCGGAGCUUCCGCCAUCGACGCGAAGCAUGUCCCAUUGUACGUGCCGUUCUCCGAGAGUGCUGCGAUUGUUGCAGUUGCAGGUUGUUUAAAUGUACGUUUUCUUCCAAAGUUGCGUCGUAGCCGGUUGGUGUCUUAUAGCUUAGAGCCGUGUCAGAGUGUUGUCACGCGCGGGGUCUGACCGAGAAGUCGAGGCUUGUUGCCGGGACAAACAGCCACGGACUCCCCACAGGAAUUUCGAUCGUUAGCGGCGGCUGAAGCCACCUUGCGGUUCUGCUAGUACCGGAGCUAGCUAGCGGUAGCGGCGGCUUACUGUUUUGUUUUUUUAGCGGGAAUCUAACGAAGGUGUGCGUGCAACCGGAGACUUUCUUUAUAAGUUAUCGUUGUGUGAAUAAUCAUUGUAAAACUACUGAAGCUGUUGUUCCUCUGCUCGCGAAGCAAACAAGUUAGCCGGGCUAGCCUAGCAGCGAGCUAGCACCACUAACGGAUCGUCUCUCACAAAGGGACAGCGGCUGAACCGGAGACUCAGUUUCUGCAUUUUUUUUGGGAACCGAUCGUGCACAGUGAGCCCCGCGACAGGAUGAACGGGUUCAGCACGGAGGAGGACAGCCACGACGGGCCACCGGCUCCGCCGUUUUACGGACAGAGCUGCUGUCUCAUCGAUGACGGGGAGCGCUGCGGCCGCUCCGCUGGAAACGCCUCCUUCAGCAAGAGGAUCCAGAAGAGCAUUUCCCAGAAGAAACUGAAACUGGAUAUCGACAAGAGCGUGCGACACCUCUACAUCUGCGACUUCCAUAAGAACUUCAUUCAGAGUGUCCGCAACAAGAGGAAGAGGAAGACCAGUGACGACGGUGGGGAAUCCCCGGAUCAUGAUGUGGAGGUGCCCGAGGUCGACCUUUUCCAGCUGCAGGUGAACACGCUGAGACGCUACAAGCGACACUACAAGCUACAGACCAGACCCGGUCUCAACAAGGCUCAGCUGGCAGAGACGGUGAGUCGUCACUUCAGGAACAUCCCGGUGAACGAGAAGGAGACACUGACCUACUUUAUUUACAUGGUGAAGAGCAGCAAGAGCCGCUUGGACCAGAAAGGCGACGGAGGCAAACCGUUGGACUAAACUCCGCCCACAACAACAACAACAACGACCACGACGACAUCUUCAGCCAAUCAACAACCGCGGUGACAAACGGCAAGCGAGCGCCGCACCGCGGUGACCAGCUCCUCCCACAAAACCCUGUGACCGUCCCACUCCUGCUGAACUCUAACGCUGAACAUUUAAUAUUAAUAAUUCAAAAAAGGAGCGGAUGACUCGGGGUGGGACGAGUUCACUUUUGCUCAUUUUCACACAAACAAGCAAGUCCGUGCAUGUGACGUCACAACGGGUCGACCCUCCUCCAAAGAAAGGUAUUUCCUGUUUCCUCCUGACUGACUGUUGAGGAGCAGGACUUUCUCUUUCUCUCUCUCUGCGCAGGGUUUUUACGUCAUCGAGAAGAAAAGAAAAAACGCGUCCCAUUUAGAGAAACUUGCAAUGUACAAUAGAGCUGCCUUAAGUGUUAAAAAAAUCAAUUUUGGGAUUUUUUUUUUUGUCGUUGCCGAGUUGACUGUUACCACAUUCACCGUCCGUCUGUCUGUCUGUCUGUCAGGGACGUUUGUGCCAAACGGAAGCGUGUUGCUCUUUUUGCCCCCGAAGAAAAUGAAUGAAUUGUAAGAUAGUGGCGCCACCUGCACUGGCUCAGGGUCAGAAAAAGAAAAGUUAAUGGAUAGUUUAAGUUUUUUGGGCCGUGUGGUGAUGUGUGAGGUGCUGACGCCUGUGAGAAAUGUAUAAACUCUACAUCAGCAUAAGUCUAUGACGUCUUAAGACUAUGUUUGCAACUUAAUUUCACCGUUACGCUGCCUUUUCCAUCUCCAAACCAAAGUUUGUGUUGCUCUGUAAACCGCUUGGUUUCCCACGCCAAACUCCAUGGAGAAAAUCACAGAUUUUAAGGUCACAGCACACAGGAGUUGAAGAUUCACUUCUGCCCCCUUCAGUAAUUUCAAAUGUGAUGUGUUGUGACUUUGGUGGUGGAUUUCCUCUAUUCGGUUUCACCACAGUAGCACAAAGUGACCACACGAGGCAGCGGUAGACCAGCGGCUCCCGUGUCCGCGGGUUCUUAAAUCACUGAUUUUCUCUCUGGAUUGUGGUCGAGUUUCAGUGAGAUAAAGACGUAAACAUGUUUUUUUUUAAUAUCAUAGACUUAAGCUUGUGUGUGUUUCCUCAAUCUAGUCUUUAAAGAAGUGGCUAAGAAAUCUGCUUUUUAUAGGUAAAUGGGGUCAGAACACUUGAAAUGAACUUAAAAUAGGAGUUUAAAAUCAAAAAGCCGUCCUUUUCCAAACACUUGGUGUCAAAGCGCAUAAACACACACGUAAUUUAAUCAUUUCUCUGUGCAUUGCAGGUUAUUUUCGGUCUAUAUUGGGGAAAAUAGACAUGUAGUAGUUUAUUUUUCUUUCUCUUUAGUUGAGUCUUAAUUCUACAGGUUGUAUAAAGUUUGUUUAGGGAUAUUUUAUUAUUCUUGUCAUUGUUUUUUUCCCCCCCACUUGAACUACAUCGUGUGUGUGUGUGUGUGUGUGCG